CCGACGAGAAUUUUAUCCCAUUCUUGGUCAGUCUGAUCAGAUCAACGUUUUACCGUCUCACUGGUCGACGGGACAAGAGACGACGACGUUUUAACCUUUUGGGUGGAUCCGAUCCAAUUUCGGAAUCGAGAUUCCUCACCUUGUUUGCGACCUCUCUCUCUCUCUCUCAGCCUGCUUCCACACUCUUCUCUGGUAAUUCCUCACCUCAAGUUGUUUCUACUCUAGUCGCUCUUACCAGCUCUUGAGCGGGUUUAUCUUUCCCAAGAUGUCCGAAGACAAGGAAUCUGAUGCGGUUGCAGAAGAGGAGAGCCAUGUCCAAGAAGAUGACAGAAAUGAUGCGUCAAACGAGAAUCUGACGACAGAAAAUGAUGAUCAGCUACUCCAAACGAUUGCUGAACUGAGAAUAGAAAAUGACUUUCUCAGAUCCCAAUUUAAGGAUCAAGUAGAGCAAAGUAGGUCUCACCAAGUGGAAGCGGACCAAUUGAAACAACUUCAAGAACAGGUCGCAUCAUUGAGCAGAGAAAUUGAUGUGGAAAAACAAACUCGAGUUGCAGCUGAGCAAGCUCUUGAGCAUCUUAGGGAAGCAUACUCUGAGGCUGAUGCAAAAGCCCAGGAUUACUCCACUAAGUUUUCCCAAGUUGAACAGAAGCUGGACCAGGAAAUCAAAGAGCGCGACGAGAAAUAUGCCGACCUGGACGCCAAAUUCACCAGGCUUCACAAAAGGGCUAAACAGCGCAUUCAAGAAAUCCAAAAGGAAAAAGAUGAUCUCGAUGCCCGUUUCCGGGAAGUGAAUGAAACAGCUGAACGAGCAUCUUCUCAGCACUCAUCCAUGCAACAAGAGCUGGAACGCACUAGGCAACAGGCGAAUGAAGCACUGAAAGCAAUGGAUGCAGAGAGGCAACAACUAAGGAGUGCGAAUAAUAAGCUCAGGGAUACUAUCGAGGAACUACGUGGCUCAUUGCAGCCUAAAGAAAAUAAGAUAGAGACAUUGCAACAGUCACUUCUUGAUAAGGACCAGAUUCUGGAGGACCUGAAAAAGCAAUUACAAGCUGUGGAAGAGAGAAAGCAAAUUGCAGUUACUGAGUUGUCAGCCAAACAUCAGAAGAACUUAGAGAGUUUGGAAGCACAGGUCAUAGAUGCUCUAUCUGAGAGGGACAACGCAGCCGAAACCAUUUCGUCGCUGCAGGUACUGCUUGCAGAGAAGGAAUCUAAAAUUGCAGAGAUGGAGGCAGCUGCAACUGGCGAAGCAGCAAGGCUAAGGGCUGCUGCAGAAACUCUUAAAGGAGAGCUUGCACACCUUAAAUCGGAGAAUGAAAAGGAAAAGGAGACUUGGGAAGCUUCAUGCGGUGCCCUUAAAUCUAAACUGGAAAUCGCUGAAAGCAACUACUUACAGGCCGAAAUCGAAGUGGCUAAACUGAGAAGUCAGCUGGGAUCUGAAAUGUCCAUGCAGACCCAAAUACUAAGCACAAAAGAUGCUGAACUCAAAGGUGCAAGAGAAGAGAUCAACCGUCUCCAAAGUGAAUUCUCUUCUUACAAGAUCCGUGCUCACACGCUUCUGCAAAAGAAGGACAUGGAGCUGGCUGCAGCUAAAGACUCUGAACAAAUCAAAUCUCUUGAGGAAGCUCUAAAGGAAGCUGAAAAAGAAGUAUAUUUGGUAUCUGCAGAGAGGGAUAGGGCACAACAAGAUCUUCAGGGUGCUUUGGCUAGCCUUGAGAAAGAACUUGAGGAAAGAGCUGGAGCACUUAAAGAUGCCAGCGAGCAGAUCAAAAAUCUUGAAGUGAAGCUUGACUCCACUGUUGCUCGCAAUCAAGCGGAGAAACAAGCGUGGGAAGAAGACCUUCGGGUUUUAGAAGAAACAUGGCGACGAAGAUGUGAAGCUUUAACCGCUCAAAAUGAAGCCUCUUCUGCAGAAGGUAUAGAAAAAGAACUAGAAGAUGCCAAACUGCGGAAUAAACGACUGAAGGAGGAGCAUGAAUCAGUACGUGAGUUUGCAGAUAGACUCAUUGAGGAGAAGGAUCGAGAGAUAUCAAGACUUGUUGAUGAGAUUAAACAUCUUCGCAAAUCUAUGGAGCCAAAACCAGUAUGGAACAAAUCUCCAUCUCAGGUUCACCACUAUGGGAACAACAACACAGAGUCACAACAGCAGGAUGUAUCUAACUUGAGCACUUCUGCAGCAGAGCACCAGAUUCUGAUAUUGGCAAGGCAACAAGCUCAGAGAGAAGAAGAGUUAGCACAGACACAGCGCCAUAUUUUAGCUCUUCAGGAGGAAAUCGAGGAGCUUGAGCGAGAAAACCGUCUUCACAGUCAACAGGAAGCUAUGCUAAAGACGGAGUUGAGGGAGAUGGAAAGACAACAGAAGAGAGAAGGCGUAGAUAUGACAUACCUAAAGAAUGUGAUAUUAAAACUGCUAGAAACAGGUGAAGUGGAGGCUUUACUACCUGUAGUGGGGAUGUUGCUUCAGUUCAGUCCAGAGGAGAUCCAGAAGUGUCAGCAAGCCUACCAUAGCUCAACAACAACAGCAGCAACAACAACAGAGGCGACUCCAGGUCCGGCAAGUGAGGGUUCAGGUCUAUCACUCUUCUCAAGAUUCUCGUUUUCAUAGUCGGGUGGACACAUUCUUUUGGGCCAAGAUACAUACAUUACAUACGACUUUGGUUUUAAGUCCUUGGUUUUUGUGUAAUGAACAUUAAAAGUCAAGAAAACAGUUUUUGUCCAAAUGUAAAGAAAGGAGAAGCCACUGAAUUGGGUUGUUGGGCCAUUCCUUUUAUUAAUGGAGUCUAUUGUAAUCAUGCAGCAAAAUCGCUGAUUAUCGGAAUUAAUGAUUUACAGAAUCAA